CUGAUGUCUACGGCAGUACGAAACGGGAGAAGAAGAGGGUGUCGCCAUUGUUUUGGUCGGGGUGUUUUUCUGCUGACUGAAUGAGAAAGAAGGGAAAAACCAAAUAUUUUAAAGGUUUAACUCCAUUUUAACUACAAGAUUAGUCAUCAUGACGACCAAACAUCGACUGAUAACUGAUUCGUUCAAGGUGGUGAAAAAAGCAAGGAAGGGGGGCAAACGAGAGAAGAGGUCUCCGUCUCCGCCUCCACAGAAAGAGAAUGAAUCUAAAUCAGUCAGAGAGGAGGAGCUUCAGCAGCUGCAACAGUUUGAUCUGGAUUGGAGGUUUGGGCCGUGCACAGGUAUCAGCCGGCUGCAGAGAUGGGAGAGAGCUAAACUUCACGGUCUGAACCCUCCUGAGGAGAUCAGAGAGCUGCUGCUGCAGACACAAAACGACCCCGAGUACAACCAGAGCCUGUGGAGGGAAUAUCCUUUGUAAAGAAGAUAUCCAGAGAGAGAACAACACAUCCAGACUUGGGGAAACUUCAUUUUUAUCCCCACAAAUCACUGUGGUCUUUUAUAUUUGAUUUUAUAAAGUAGAAAAAGAGAGAAAGAAAACUCUAAAAAGGAGCAAAGAAGAGAGUGUUCCUUUAGAACAGAGACAGAAGAAUGUUAGAAACCAUGGCUGUUUGUGAACUCAUUUAUCCUUUUAAUAACCUUUUAAUUAAAAAAAAUU